AUGGGUUGGAACACAUGGAACGCUUUCAAGUACAACGUGAGCUCGGAGCUGCUUGUUCAAACGGCAGAUUUGCUGGUUUCAACGGGGCUAAAGGACGUCGGCUACACGAAUCUUGUGCUCGACGAUGGCUGGCAGGCGCUCAACCGAAGCGAUGAUGGCAGGCCACAGGCGAAUGUCACCAAAUUCCCCAACGGCAUUCCACCCGUGGCUCAACAUGCUCACAAUGUCGGACUGCAGUUCGGGAUUUACAUGACCAACGGCAUCAAAGGCUGUGGUCCCAAGGACCCCGGCUCCUGGGGCUACGAAGAGAUUGACGCUCAGGAAUUCGCCGACUGGGGAGUCGAUUACCUCAAAUACGACAACUGUGGGACCUUUGAGGCUGGCACGCAUCCGCCGCAGAGUCGCUUCCGAGUGAUGGGCAACGCACUUCGAGAGACGGGUCGAGACAUUUUGUUUUCGCUCUGCCAGUGGGGCGAUCAGUUCCCCUGGUUCUGGGCCGACCAGAUCGCACACUCUUACCGCAUCAGCGGCGACAUCACCGCCACAUUCUCCGACACGGGCAAGGACUGCGCAUGCAAGACUGCCUACUGCCUCAACACUGGCUAUGCCGGAUGCUCGGUCAUGACGAUAAUUCGCAAGAUGCGCGAGAUCUCGUACUUCCAGCAUCCGGGGUCCUUUGCCGACAUGGACAUGCUCGAAAUCGGAAUCGCCAACAUGACUCUUGACGAAGAACGGACUCACUUUUCGUUUUGGGCGGCGCUCAAGUCACCGCUCAUCAUUGGUGCAGACCUGCGUACGAUCUCGAACGAGUCGCUCUCGGUGCUCAGGAACGAAAAGAUGAUCGCCGUGAACCAGGACAAGCUUGGUGCGGCAGUCGAGUACCUCGCCGACAUCAGCAAGGAACGUGCAUUCCAGACAUGGGCAGGCCGGCUGAGCGGAAAUCGAACCAUCGUCCUGGCUUUCAACGAGCUCAACGACACGAUCACUGUAGAUGUACCCUUCUCCGCUGUUCCUGGUCUCGAUAGCGAAAACAGGUACAAGCUCGAGGAGGUCUGGAGCGGAUUCAGCGGCCACGUCAAGGGCAACAUCUCUGCGACUCUUGCAUCUCACGAGACCAAGGUGUUUAUCCUAAAACAAGAUUGA